AGUUUUGCAGUUCUCGAUUUCGCUAAUUAAUUGCUAUCCGUCAAAAACUAUUUUAUUGGUUCGUUUUUUAUUUACCAACUUUAUUUAUAGGAUAAUGGCGAAAGGCGAAGAUUGGGAUUACAGCGACAAAUUCUCAUUCCUAGGGGAAUGGUACGACUACGAUUCGUCCCUUCACAAAAAGUUUCUUAUCCUUUUCUUCCCGAGCGACAGUACAAUUGAACUGUUCGAUAGGGAAUUAAACAGAGUAUACCUUAGAAGGGCACCUUUUGAAGGAGUUACUCUCGAGAAAAUGUAUGUCGGAAAUACUAUCCGAAUCUACGGAAGACAGAUAACAAUUACAGACUAUGCAGAUGGAAGAACGAAAAAAAUAAUAGGCAAGGCGAAGGAGCAUACGUUUGCCAUAUUGAAGCCCACAGCAGUCCAAAAACUGGGACAAGUCGUGACUGAGAUCGAGCAGAGACAAUUCGAAAUAAUUCGGUUAAAAAUGUGUAACGUUUCGAGAAAGGACGCCCUUAGUUUUUAUGAAUCGAAAAAGGGAGAUUCGUUUUUACCCUUCAUGGUCGAACAUUUGGUUUCUGGGCCGAUUGUAGCGUUAGAAAUAGUUGGUGAUAAUGCUCUGCAACGGUGGAAGGAUGUGCUAGGACCUACCGAUCCCAUUGAAGCCAGGAAAACACAUCCAGAGACUCUACGAGCACGGUAUGGUAUGGAACGUGCUUCCAACGGAUUUCAUGCGUCAGAUAGUUACGAGUUAGCCGUAAGGGAAGCAUGUUUCUUUUUCCCUCAGGGUCUUGGUCAACAGCCACCCCCUUCGACUGCUCAAAUAACCAAUUGUACUUGCUGUGUGAUAAAGCCACACGCGGUAGAUGAAAAAAAGGUCGGUUUUAUCAUUUCGGCGAUUACGAACAACCCAAAGUUUAAAGUGACUGCCAUGCAAAUGUUCUAUCUAAGUAACGCUAAUGCCGAUGAGUUUUUGGAGGUUUACAAAGGGGUCGUAGCCGAUUUUCACGCGCUACUGUCUAGUUUUCUCGACGGGCCUUGUAUAGCUUUAGAAAUUGCUGGCAAAGAAGAUGACUUGGAUGUUCACGGGGAAUUCCGAAAAUUUUGCGGACCAACCGACUCAGAUAUUGCUAAACAAAUAAGACCGAAUUCGUUAAGAGCAAUGUUUGGUGUUGAUAAGUACAAAAACGCUGUACAUUGCACCGAUUUGAAGGAAGAUACUGCGCUUGAAUUAGAAUAUUUCUUUAAAAUUUUGAACUAAACUCCGUUAACGAUAUAAAACUGUCAGUUUUAUAAUUUAAUGUUUUGUAUUACGUGCAUUUUGUCCUUUUUUAAAUAAAUAUUUUUAUCUUA